CACGUCGCCAGAAGCACGUCGAGGCGGCUGACGUGGCGCCCGGUCGUCGGCACGCGCCGACCCGCGUGGGCCGACGUCAUCCCCGUCGUCGCCGUCGCCGCCUCGUGGCCUCGUGGGGGGAGCGAGAAGAGAUAGCAGUGGAGCAGCCCCGGCGCAUCUGGAUCCGCGCCGUAAAGCUGACUUCUUUCUCCGCCGCACGCAUCCUCCUCCCGGCGACCACCCCGGGGGCGCUAUAUCACGCGGCCGCCGCGAGGAGGAGCGCCCCGUCCCUCCUUCUUCUUCCUCGUAGCAGCAGCUUCAGCAGCAGGAGGAAGAUGGCGGCGGCGAGGAAGAACGCCGGCGUGCUCGCGCUCUUCGACGUCGACGGCACCCUCACCGCGGCCCGCAAGGAGGUGACGCCGGAGAUGCUCGAGUUCAUGAAGCGCCUGCGCGAGAAUGUGACCGUCGGCGUGGUGGGGGGAUCCGAUCUGGUCAAGAUCUCCGAGCAGCUCGGCAAAUCAGUCAUCACCGACUACGACUACGUCUUCUCCGAGAAUGGCCUGGUCGCGCACAAGGACGGCAAGCUCAUCGGGACGCAAAGCUUGAAAACGUAUCUUGGAGAUGACCAGCUUAAGGAAUUCAUUAACUUCACUCUUCAUUACAUUGCGGACUUGGAUAUCCCAAUUAAAAGGGGUACAUUCAUAGAGUUCAGGAGUGGAAUGAUCAAUGUGUCGCCCAUAGGGAGGAACUGUAGUCAGGAAGAACGUGAUGAUUUUGAGAAGUAUGAUAAGGUGCAUAACGUUCGGCCUAAAAUGGUGUCAGUGCUUCGCGAAAAGUUUGCACACCUGAACCUGACUUUUUCUAUUGGAGGGCAGAUCAGCUUUGAUGUAUUCCCACAAGGCUGGGACAAAACCUACUGCUUGAGAUAUCUAGAAGAAUUCAAGGAAAUUCAUUUCUUUGGGGACAAAACCUACAAGGGUGGCAAUGAUCAUGAGAUAUUUGAAUCUGAAAGAACAGUUGGUCAUACAGUUACCAGCCCCAAUGACACGGCGCAGCAGUGCAAAUCCAUCUUCCUGUCGGAGUGAUCGCCAGACUACCGUGCCAUUUACACUCAUUUGUUCACCCCGCACCCCUCGAACGCUCCCCGUUUCGGAAUAAUUCCCCUAUAGAUCUCCCUUUGAACUCAGUACAUUUUCUGCGUUCCUCCCCGUUGGGAGUAGUUUAUCGCUAUUGUUGUUGUAAACAGAACUGUAUUGGUAUACAUACAUUCACAAACAGUGGAUUUUGUAUACGCGCAUUUGGCGCAAAUGUAUGAGGGCAUGUUUGAUCUAAGAUAUUUCCUGCUCAGCCCA